ACUGACUACACUGUGAUGUUUGUUGUCCUGUUUAAAAGAUUCAGAAUCUCUGUGCUCAGUUUGCUUAGGAAAGCUCCAACAUGGAGUUUCAAAAAGCAGGUCUUUUAUUUUGUCUUUUCCUUUUCUCGGGUGUCCUAAGGGGCCACACCGAAAGCACAGAUGUUCUGGAUUCAUACAUUAAAACUGACGGGGCUUGGAUAGUAAAAGUGACCAAAUCACGGUACACUGUAAAAACAGUGGAAGAAUGUGCCAUCAAGUGUGACAAAGAGACUUCCUUUACAUGCAGGUCUUUUUACUAUAUUGAAAAGGAUCAGGACUGUAUAACAUUACCUGCAAAUUCUAAGACUGAUCCAAUACUGCGAAGAAUGACCACUGCACUAUAUGAGAAAAAAGUUUACUUAGUGGAAUGUGUCAGUGGAAUUGGCACAGACUACAGAGGGACAAAAACCAGGACAAAAACAGGAAAAUUAUGUCAGCGAUGGGAGUCUCUUUUCCCUCAUAAGCCAAACAUUACACCAAAGACACACCCAAAAGCUGACCUGGAGUUCAACUUCUGUCGUAACCCAGAUGGAGACCUAGGAGGUCCCUGGUGCUACACUACAGAUCUGGAUAAAAGAUGGGAAAACUGUGAUAUCCAAGACUGCACAGAGGAAUGUAUACACUGCAGUGGAGAAAACUACAGAGGAAAGGUCGCCAAAACUGAGAGCGGAUACACCUGCCAACGUUGGGACUCUCAAACACCACACAACCAUGGUUACAUCCCUUCAGCUCUUCCGGAGAAGUACUUGGAGGAGAACUAUUGCAGAAACCCUGACGGAGAGCCCAGGCCCUGGUGCUUUACCACCGAUCCAAACAAACGCUGGGAAGCCUGCUCUAUUCCUCGAUGCACGACCGAACCACCUACAAUUGUACCAGAGCUUACUUGUGUUACUGGAGAAGGCAGCUCAUACAGGGGCACGGUUUCUGUGACUGAAUCAGGGAAAACUUGCCAGAACUGGGCAUCUCAAACUCCUCACAAGCAUUCCAGAAAUCAUGAGAACUACCCAUGCAAAGGUCUCGAGGGAAACUACUGCAGGAACCCUGAUAAUGAGAGAAGUCCCUGGUGUUACACCACAGACCCUAAGACCCGCUGGGAAUACUGCAAUGUGCCCACUUGUGGAGAUCAACCUCGACCUGAAGACCCGGUCAUUCCUGAAGGGGAGGAAUGUUAUGAAGGUGAUGGGAGCUCAUACCGCGGUGUCAUGUCAGAGACCAUCAGUGGAAAGAAAUGCCAGUUCUGGGCAUCCAUGGAACCUCAUAAACAUUCCAAAACACCCCAAGACUUCCCCAAAGCAGAUCUGAGGAGGAACCUGUGCAGGAACCCAGAUGGUGAUUCAGCCCCAUGGUGCUACACCACUGACCCCUCUGUUCGGUGGGAGUAUUGCAACAUUGAACGAUGUAACAGCAAACCCAGCACACCUGUUCUUGAGUCAACUGUCAAACCAUCUUUAGUCGCAGUUCCUCCAGUCGUACCACCCAGUUCUUCAGAACCAGAUUGUAAGAUUGGCAGUGGAGCAGAUUACCGGGGUCCCACGUCUAUAACUGCAACGGGAGUAACAUGCCAAGCAUGGAGCUCUAUGACACCUCAUCAGCAUUCCAGUUUUACCCCCGAGUCACAUCCAGACAAGGGCCUUGAGUCUAAUCAAUGCAGAAACCCAGAUAAUGAUGUAAAUGGACCAUGGUGCUAUACAACAGAUCGAAACAAGAAGUGGGAUUACUGUCUCAUCUCAGACUGUGACAGUCUGAAAUGUGGACAACCAGCAGUUAAACCUAAACGUUGCUUUGGGCGAAUUGUUGGAGGAUGCGUUUCCAAACCACACUCCUGGCCUUGGCAGAUCAGUCUUCGAACCAGUGCUGGCAAAAUUCACUUCUGUGGUGGAACUCUAAUAGAUGCACAGUGGGUCCUGACUGCAGCUCAUUGCCUUGAAAAGUCUUCGAGGCCGUCCUUCUACAAGAUCUUCCUUGGGGUCCAUACAGAACGAGCCAAUGAACCCUCCAAACAGGAACGAGAUGUUUCUAAGAUUGUUAUGGGACCGACUGGAACCGACAUUGCUCUUCUUAAGUUAGACAGGCCUGCAGCUAUAAAUGAUAAGGUAUCACCUGUUUGUCUACCAGAAAAGGACUACGUUGUACCAAGUGGUACAGAAUGCUACGUGACAGGCUGGGGAGAGACGGAGGGAACCGGUGGUGAGGGUAUCCUUAAAGAAACAGGCUUCCCAGUAAUUGAAAAUAAAAUCUGCAACCGUCCAUCAUUUUUGAAUGGGCGUGUAAAAGAUCACGAGAUGUGUGCAGGAAACAUCGAUGGUGGAACAGACAGUUGUCAGGGUGACAGCGGUGGGCCUCUCGUCUGCUACGCCCAGAACAGUUUUGUUCUUCAGGGUGUGACAUCAUGGGGUCUUGGCUGUGCUGAAGUCAUGAAACCUGGAGUGUAUGUACGCGUAUCUAAGUUUGUCGACUGGAUUGACAGAAGUAUCAAAGGAAAUUAAUAAACGAAAGCACGUGGUGUGCCACGAAACAGAAAUGCAUAAAGUAUUGAGGGCUAACAGGCAAGCCAACAGUGUCCGUCUGCCAUAUGUCAGUGUAUACUGCUAUAUUCUUACAUAGUUAAAAUUUAUGCUAUCCUCUGUAUUAAUAUAACUCACAAAUGCAGUUGAAAUGUACAUGUUGGUUUAAUCAAAUCCUAAUAGUUUUCCUACAAUAAAUAAGAGGUAAAUA